UGAUGAUCUAAACGAUGAAGAUGAUAUCUAUCUACAGAAAGUAUUUAUGAGCGAUACAGUUUACUAUACAGGAAGUUGUUACUCUUGCAAUCCAGAGUGUGAGUCUUGCUCAAAGAUGAAUUUGACUAAAUUAGUGGCAAAGUACAGGAAGCCAUGUGAAAAAAUUAUAGGAGAUUGUAGAUGGUACAGCAAGCAUUUCGAUUGCUGUAAAAAGUUUUUACCUUUGGAAACGGAAUACGGAAUUUGUUAUUCCUUCAAUUCUUUACACACAACGCCCUCUCAUAUUAUGAAAAUGAAUAAAUCCACGGGUCCUGGAAAAUUAUGGAUGAAAGCUUUUGAAGAUGUCAGGUUAUUUUUCCAUGCACCUGAAGACGUACCGUUUAUAAACACCGCUCCAGAUCAACGGGCAGACAUAAUGCUUGGUGAUUCCUUCAACAUCUCCAUCAAGGUCAUAGAAAUAAGCAAUGCGGAUGAAAUUAAAAACUUAGAUGUAGAGAAAAGAGGAUGCAAGUUUCCAUGGGAGAACGAAGGCUUAUUAGUCCACAAGCAUUACAGUUAUUCUACGUGUGUGGUACAAUGUCAUGCAGAGAACCACAUCAAACUUUGCAACUGUACCCAUCAUUUGAUGCCAUAUUACAGUAAGAUCAUGAAGAAUUUUUGGUCGCCCGAUCCUAAGAAUUUUCUAUUUCCACAAUUCAGACUGUCAUAUUUCAAUAACAUCAAUUAA